AUGAGAGUCCCCUGCGGAGUGAAACUCGUGUACUACGUCUGCUCUGGGCCGGUGAUCCAGCUCCUGGGAGCCUUCAACAACAGCCAGCCAGGGGGGCAGCUUGAAACUCUGGAGGACUUGAAGGUCAGCUCAGCCAGGAGGCAGAAGAGGCCCAUGACUUCUCACCCUGCCAGUUGUCAGUGUGACCUCCCGGAAAUGGAGAAUGAGGAGCCUCUUCAACCGGGGACCGAGGACUCAGGUGAUGGUCCACAGUGCAUGUGGGAGGAUGCUCACCCCACUCCUGGCUUCAGCUGGGAUCCUUGUCUUCAGUCACCAUCAGCCCAAAGUGAGCAGGAGACUAUGCCUCUGGAUGUUGGAGUGCGAGCCACCGUGGUCCGUACCAUGCAGGAGGUGCUAUGGACUCGUGUCCAGGAGCUUCCAGACCUGCUGCUGAGGGAAGAGGAGGUAGCAGGCAUUGCAGAGGGCAUUGAGGCGGCCCUCUUCCACCUGACCCAGGACACGAACCUCCGCUACAAGACCAAGUACCGCAGCCUGCUCUUCAACCUGAGAGAUCCCCGAAACUCCGACCUGUUUCUCAAAGUGGCGCACUGUGAUGUCAGCCCUCAUGACCUGGUGCAGAUGAGCUCCAUCCAGCUGGCCCCCAAGGAGCUGUCCCGCUGGCGGGACCAGGAGGAAAGAAGGGGCCUGGACAUCAUUCAGCAACAACAGAAGGAGCUAUAUCGACUUCCCACCUCCAAACUGACUCACAAGGGUGAGGUAGAGAUCCCACGGGACUCAGACCAGAUGCUGACCCUGGAGGACCUGAUGAGAGGAGCCCUCAGGGAGAACAGCUGCUCCCCAGCCCACCCCAAGUCACAUUCCCUCAAGAGGCUGAGUGUCAACACUGGAGAGGGACUGAGCCAUGCAGAGAAGAGCUUCAGGAGAAGGGAGGAGAGAGGAGAUGGUGGAGGAGAAGGGGAAGGUGACAGAGAAGAGCAAUCUUUACUCCAUAUUGAAGGACUGCUGGCCUCCCUGGCCACAUUGCCAUCUGUCCCUCUCUGGCCCCGUGCUUUCCAGGAACCUAUGAUGCCCCGAGAGUCCAGCCCACCGGCCCUGACGACCCCCCUGGAGGACACUACAGAUCAGCAUCAGGACCACUUCUGGGACUCAAACUGCCACAUCUGCAAGGGCGGGAAGGAAGGCAGGAAGGACAUCAAUAGAAGCUGUCUGGAGCCACAUGUGGGCAUCAGCCACAGCAUGGAUUGGAAAUCCUCAACUAAACUGCCAGACUCCUCCAGAGCCAUCAUGAAUAAGGAGGAAAAUGCCAUCCGGAACGCCCCAAGUCCAGCUCCUGUGUCCUCUCCAGAGAUGCUCAAGGCUGGGGAGACAUCUUCCAAGGAACCACAGGAUAGGCUCCAGAUACCUGCUGAGCCCAAAGAUGUCCCUCCCAGCCCUCCACCCUGGGAAGGCUCACUAGACAUGUUCUCUAUCAAGCCAUUCCGGGCCAAGGCCCAGCUGAUUUCAGGACACAGCUGCCAGCUUCUCCAGGCUCUGCCGGAGGUCAUUCGCUCAGCAGGCUGCCUCCCUCCAAAUGACAUUUGGGAUCUUCUAGACAGCAUGUGCCCAGCCAAAGCAAAGGACACCUGCGUGGCCAGGCUGUGUCCCCAUGGGUCUCGGGACAUCCACAACUACCGCCUGCUCUACUCCUACCUCAACAACAAACAACGCCACUGCCUGGCAACUAUGCAGCACGUGAAGAUGGUCCUGCUGCCUCUGCCCGCCUUCCAGCCUCUGCCAGCCAGACUGCGCCCUCUGGGGGGCCCAGGUCUUGGGACCCUUCCUUCGCCUCUUCUAGGUCUUGAAACCACUCACCCGAGCCUGUUACUAGCUGUGUUGUUCCCUAAGGAUGGACUUCCAGACAUAGCUAUGUCCAGCCCUCUGUGGAACAAGGUUCCAAAGACUGUCUCCUUCAGCAAAAAAGUGGAGAAGAGAUGCUACCAGCCAGAGGACAGUAUAUCAGAGGCUACCCUGAGAGGAUCACCUUCCCACAAGGAGGUCCCAAAGCAGAGCUUGGCCAAGGGCAGCUUGGCUCCAAGGAAUGUUUGUGACUGGCAGAACCUCCCCAGAGGCCGGGGGAGGCAGCAACCUAGGUGGGAACAGCAGUUUCCAGAAGGAAGCUGGUGCCACCCCCAACAUCCCAAUUCAGGUAGACCAGUUUUGCCUGGCAUUGGUCAUGGACAGCACCUCCAUAGGGCCUCCUGUUUCCACCAAGACAUUCUCCAGCACCUCAAUAUCUUAGUGAGCAUGACUCACCAGUUCCAGGCUUCGCUGUGGCCCCCAGGCCAGGAGCCCCUACUCCCAUCCUCUGCAGUAUCUGCAGUUCCAGACCCUCACGGGCCAAUCCCAGACCCUGCAGUUCCCGACCCCCACGGGCCAAUCCCAGACCCUUCUGUGGGCCCUGUAGAUGGAGAUGGCUCUGAGUGUCCCUGGCCAGAGAGGCCUGACCCUUUGGACCCAUCAGAACAGGAGUGUUUGUUCCCUUACCAGUGCUGA